UUAAAGAGACGACAUCGCGCGCAUCUUAUUCCACUUUGUCCGCGACAUAAGAAAAUCAAGAUGGCGCUCCUCUGUUUGCGGAUACCUUUGCGGUGGAUAUAAAUACGGUUAGAAAAAAGAGUGUGUUGGGGGGGAAGCUCUAUAAGGAUAUAGUAAAUCGUGUACGCUUAAAGAUUGUCUGCUCGUUGACGUCUAGUGGCUCACGUUUUGGUAAACGUUAAUUGACAAAAAGUCGAAGAAAGACGGAAGAGGAGAGAAGGCUAGACAGGCGAAAAGAAUCGUCACUGAGAAUCGUCGUCCUACCUCUCCUCUCCGUCACUAUCGUUGUAUCGUCGUUGAUGUUGUCGUCAUCUUCGUCAUCAUCGUCGUCUUCUUCAUUGUUGUUGUUGUUGUUGUUAUCGUUGUGUUGUCGUGUUGUUCACAUUCGUUGUCGUCGUCGUUGCGUAGUAGUUACCAUCAGCGCCAGUGCUGCCGACGGUAUCGUCGCGGCAUUUUAGGAAAGAGAGAUCGAAGGUGUGCGUUCCUGCGGCCACCUGAGGAAUGCUGGAUCGGCGUUCGCGAAUUCGUCGUCUGCGAGUUGCGAUAUCUUCGUCGGAGAAGGUUUAAAUAAUUCCAAGUAACGAGCAGAAUAAGAAAGAAAAAAAGAAAGAAAAGUGAGUCUGUUGUAGAUUGAGGUGACUUGUUCUAAAGCGUAGACGUUUUGAUAGGAGAAAGAAAUAAAUAGAGAAAGAGAGGAAAUCAAGCAAACAAGAAAGCAAGCAAGUAAGCAAGCAAACAGAAGAAAUUCGAAUAAGACAAAACGGAGACAGUGACGAAGACGGAAAGGGUGAGAAAGAAGGAGAUAGAAGAGGAGAGAGUUCGUAGGAGGGGACUUUUCUAAGCGCGGAAGGUGCUCGUUCGCGGAUCUUCCGUGACGUAUGUGUGUCGCGGAGGGUUGGCAGAGAGGUCCGUCGCAGCGAGUUGUUUCGCCGCGAGUGCCGUCGUCGUUGCGGCGCGAGUGCCGUUCCCGGUUUCGUCGAUGCGCCGCUGUCGCUUACUGUUCCUGCAUUUCAACGAAACGGACGACGAACAGCUCUGUUUCUCUCGCGGCAACAACACCAGGAGAAAUUAGUCCGUCGACUCUGGCGGAGGUUCGAGUUAGCCGGCAGCGGUGGGGCAAGGAGGCGCCGGAAGCAGCCGCGAGUCCGGAAGCAUAGCGAAGAAGAUGGCCUUCAACGAGGAUGCAUCGUGCACAUUUACGCAUCAAAAAGAAGGUGGACCCCGAGUUGAUAUUCACGAAACAAGAACGCAUUGGUAAGGGUAGUUUCGGUGAGGUUUUCAAAGGUAUCGACAAUAGGACCCAACAAGUCGUUGCCAUUAAAAUCAUUGAUCUCGAGGAAGCUGAGGAUGAGAUCGAAGAUAUUCAACAAGAAAUUAUGGUCCUGUCGCAAUGCGACAGUCCAUACGUCACCAAAUACUAUGGGUCCUACCUUAAGGGUACCAAAUUAUGGAUUAUCAUGGAAUAUUUGGGUGGCGGUUCGGCUUUGGACUUGAUGAAGGCCGGCAGCUUCGAAGAAAUGCACAUUGCGGUAAUAUUACGUGAAGUGCUCAAGGGAUUGGAUUAUCUUCACAGUGAACGUAAACUUCAUCGUGAUAUAAAAGCUGCAAACGUUCUGCUCAGCGAAAUGGGUGACGUCAAAUUGGCGGAUUUUGGUGUUGCUGGCCAACUUACUAAUACCACGAGCAAACGUAAUACCUUCGUUGGUACUCCUUUUUGGAUGGCACCGGAAGUUAUUAAGCAAUCUGCUUACGAUUCUAAAGCUGACAUUUGGUCCCUUGGCAUUACGGCGAUCGAACUGGCAAAAGGUGAACCUCCCAACAGCGAACUACAUCCUAUGAGGGUCCUUUUCCUUAUACCGAAAAAUAAUCCACCUCAAUUAACUGGAAAUUAUACAAAACAAUUCAAAGAAUUCGUCGAGGCGUGCUUAAACAAGGAUCCCGAAAAUAGGCCGACUGCGAAGGAGCUGUUAAAGUUUCAGUUUAUAAGGAAGGCGAAGAAGAACUCGUACUUGAUCGACCUGAUUGACAGGUACAAGAAGUGGAAGUCACAACGCAGCGAGGAGUCCGAAACGGAAAGCGAGAAUUCAGACUCGGAAGAAUCUAAGCAAGAUAGUGAUAUGGAUGAGCCAUGGAUAAUGACGGUGAAGGGUCCACACGGAGUUAAAGGGUCCGUAGUACCCAUGUUACCAUUGGAUGAACAGCCUACCUCGUUGACCGUAACUCAUACACCGAAUCAUAGGUCUUCGAAUCAUAAUCAACAAACUAAACUACACGCGAAUGGUGCUUCACGAUCACCACCUAAUGAAUCGACCUUGAAUCAUUAUAGAAGUGAUUCUAGAGACUCCCUUCGUGACGGACAAAGCAAGCACACGACACCAUUGCGACCACACGAAGCUGCACCACCGCCACCGAUCGACACCCGAGAGAAAAGAGACGAACGAGAUUAUCGUGAUUCUAGUAGAGAAUCAACUCUGAGAGAGCCAAAGGAAUUGCGGGAUAGCAGAGAAAGGGAUAGGGAUGGAAGAGACAGAGAAAGGGACAGGGAAGGUAGAGAAAGAGGAGAUGCUACUACGAGAGAUAAAAGAAACAGUAAACCGGAUGUACCAGUAGUACCAAUGGUAGACCAUAGAUCUGGUGAAGAAAAACAACGACCAAGGAGUUCGCAAGAACUUAAACACCCACGAAGUGCUGCUCUUUCCACCGUUGUUUUACCCCUCUUAUCAGAGCUUCAACGAAAACACCAGUAUUCAGCGCGAGAUAAUAACGGCGAAGGUGGUAGUGGCGUUGGAAAAAAUGGUGGCGCGAUAGAAGAAUUACGUGGUGCCUUUGAAAUGGCUGAACGUACGUCUCCAGGAAUGACCGAAGCUCUAAUCAGGGAACUUCUUAAAUCAUUGCUUCCGGCCAAUCACUCGGAGGGUCGUCUUUCUAUGCUAAUGGAAAAAGUUAUUUUGAGGGAUACGUAGGGACGCGAGAGAUCGAAGAUUCGCAAGAGAUUGUGGUCCGAAAAUGUUCUGACAUUAUAAUCGUUCGUUACUUCUCUAUAAAUCAAGCUUAUUUAUCACUCCGAGCCAGCUGAUCGUUAAACGCCAUUUCCGAACGUGAAGAAAACAACAAAUAAAACACACAUAUAGCUUAUAUUUGAGAAACAAGUAGGAAUGAGGGUCGUAUAAAAAAAAAAUGCAUUACCUUUCUCUUUAAAAAAAAAAAACCUUUUUAACAACCGAAUUACAACGAAAUCUUAUCGAACCAUUUAUUCUAUCUCUAAACGAAUUAGUUUAAAAAGAAAAGAAGAAAAAAAGAAAGAGAAAAAAAAUAAUAAAAUAAAAAAAAGAGUUUUAUGACUUAUUAUCAAGUUUCAACAAAAUAUUUAUAUAUACAUAUAUAACAUUUUCGACAUCUUUUAAAUCUAAUGGGUGAUCGUCGCUUUUAUACAUAUUAAUAAAAUAUAUAUAUAAGCGAUAUUACCCUGUUGCCUAGGAUUCUUCGAAAUAGUUCCUAUUCGUGUAAUAACGAUUCUUAUUUACUGGGAAAAAAUUACAAGAGAGAUAAAGAGACAGAGAGAGAGAGAGAGAGAAAGAAAAAGAAAAUGAAAAUAAGUAAAAAAGAGACAAAACACUCGCACUUAGCAUUGACUAACUUUUAUUUUUUAUUUUAUUUUUUGUUUUAAAUGCAUAUUGUAUGAACCUUUUAGAUAAAUUAUUUUCGAUGUCGGAUAAACACGCUUACACAAGUGCUUGGUUAUGUUACCAUAAAAAAAAAAUAAAGAAAAACAGAAAAAGGAAACGUAACAAAAAAAAAAAGAAAAUUACACCAAAGACACCUUAAUUGUCGUCUCGUCAAAUGAAAUAAAACACAAAUCUCUGUCUCUUUUACUUUUCUAAAUGUGUGUUAUUACGUAAUAUUUCAAGCGCCAAAUGUUAGUAUAUAACGAUCAAUGAAAAAUCCAGUGUGAUCCCUCUUGUAAGAUAGAAAAGACGCGUAGAUACGAAAAGAGAGAAAGAGAGAAAGAGAAAUAAUACCUGUCUUAAAAUAAGAUAUCGUUUUACGACCUUCAUGUUCGGCUCGAAUAUAAAUUUACAUACGAUAGCAGCAGCAUCAACACACACAGCUAGAAUAAUAUUAAAGAACUUAUAUGUAUGCAGGCUCGGUAAGUGUCCCAAUGGAUAGAAGGAAAAAAGAAGAAAAUAAAAAAA